AGGUGUAUUGCUUGAUUGUUCUACCCCUGUUCCCACUCUCCCUACCCCCCGUGUUCUGUGAUUACCGGGACUUCUCAAGUACCGCAUCGGUUCAGACUGAUGUCGACGGAACAGGGCACCGGGGCACUGCCACGACGCAGUGCCAGAAUCGCAUUUCGUGCCCGCCCUGCAGUACCUCCAAGACCGAAGAAACUCAGCAGGCGGACGACUCCAGCAGCAUCAAGUAUGGCAUUGACGGUACAAGACGCCACCGGAGAUCAUCCCGCAUACCCAGUCCGAGGAGCCAAUGAGCCAGAGGCUGAUUAUUGUGGACGGCUACUGGCAUUUACGGAAGUCGUAGCUGCCGUCGAGGCCCGGAAGGAGACAGCAGAGGCAGAACGUCAGCGGCUAGCCAAUGAAGCGGCAGCCGAAGCUCAGCGAACGAUUGAGACUGACGCAGAGACACGAGACAGACGGAAUGCCAGCAGCACGGAGUCCUUGAUUGCUUGUGAGCAUCAGUGGACGACGRUACUCCAAGACAUGAUCUUUGUGCCUACGGAAGCGCAGGCAGACCCGACACCGGCGGAGGCAGAGAGAAGUAACCUGGCUAACUUGCUGCUGGGCAUGGUGAGAGGUAUUAUACGUGACGAAGCAACUCAACGAGCGCAUCGCAUCGAUCACGUCGUCACCAUCAUCGGCGACAUAAGUACUUUCAACGGACCAGACUCGAUCAGCAGCACGGUGGCCGCCAUCAAGACGGACAUCACCAAGCUACAGACGAGACCGGAAGCCGCUACAAAGACGUUCAAGAUACCGCACUUCGACAUCAGCAAGUUCGAUGAUUACAACAAGUCGGACGCCUUGUCAUGGUGGCAACGCUUCCUCACGGAAGCAUCAUGCCGCAUGGUCCCGGCGGACGACAUGUUGAAGGCAGUAUAUCUGCAGCUGAUUGGAGGAGCGCAGGGAUGGAUGAACCACCUAACGGCUACACACAAGUGCACUAUCGCCGAACUUCACACGCACAUUACGUGGAAGGAGUUCGAGCAGCUAUGGUUCACCAGAUUCAUGGUCCGCAACGUCGUGAAGAUGGCCAUGAACGAGGUCUACACAUGCUCUCAAGGGAACAUGCCAACGCGAGACUGGGCAUCAAAAUGGCAGAAGAUAGUGACCACGCCUGGCUUCGACUUGACGUUCCCUUAUCAACGAUCCGAGUUCUUCUUGAGAUCGUGCGCAGGAUUGCGGUCGGCACUCGGCAACGAGUACGACUAUACUACGUUCCAGGCCAUUCUGGAUAGAACGAACCUAGUCAUCCAAACRGACGACAAGGCCGCUAACGAGAGGCAAUCCCAGCCGCAUUAUGUGGCUAAACAGGCCUAUCAACGUCCGGCACAUAACAAUGCCGUGUUUUCUGAGGAAAUCGACGACCACCACGCUGCAGCAGCAUCCUCGAGUGAUGGAGGAAUUGUCGCAGCGCUGCCGCCGAAGCGUCCGAAGAGAGUUCGCAAGAACAAGGCGACACAAGAGACAGCGGCGACGGGAGCUGGGCAACAGCCAUGGACGGCUUAUAAGAUCACCAAGGAGGUCUAUGACCUACGUCAGAAGUACGCAUACUGCCUAUGGUGCAACAGUGUAGUACACACUACCGCACAAUGCCCGGACAARGGCAAGGCACGCGUACCCCRUCCAGCCAACUCSGGAAACUGAGUUACGCAAGGAGAGGGGCGACGUCUCUCCUCACUCCGCCGGACCCGGUUGCCUUGCUAGCAAUCAAUGUCACUACCGGGG